AUGGGCGUGAAAUUGGGUUCCCGCAAAUGGGCUUUUACAGUUUUCUUCGGAAUAAUGCUACUUCACGUUGCCGCCAUUGCUCUCUUCACUCGAGGCUUUCUCCUCACUCGAACUGAAUUGCCUCUGUAUAGCCAAUGCUCUGAUAUUUCCCAAUCUCCGUGCUUUCCCUCCUCAGCCGGCGGCCGGCAGGAACAAAUUGACCCGGUUGAUCGUAAUCAGAAUCGGACUAUUAUUGCUCCGCCUCUGGGUCAGGGAUGCUGGACUAAGCCCGCCGUUGAUCGUGUCGUUAUUAUUAUCCUCGAUGCUCUCAGGUUUGAUUUCCUUGCUCCCAGUUCCUUAUUUGAAGAGAAGAAACCAUGGAUGGACAAAUUACAAGUGCUGCAGAAGUUAGCAAGUAAACCAGGAUCAUUUGCUAAGAUUUUUAAAGCAAUUGCAGAUCCCCCUACCACCAGUGUGCAACGUCUAAAGGGUUUGACUACUGGUGGACUUCCAACAUUUAUUGAUGUGGGUAAUAGUUUUGGGGCACCUGCAAUCGUUGAAGAUAACUUGCUAUAUCAGUUGGCUCAAAAUGGAAAGAGGGUGGUUAUGAUGGGCGAUGAUACAUGGGUGCAAUUAUUUCCUAAUCAUUUCAAUACAUCUUAUCCCUUUCCAUCCUUCAAUGUUAAAGAUCUCCACACGGUUGACAACGGGUGCAUUGAACACAUCUUUCCUUGGUUGUACAGAGAAGAUUGGGAUGUACUUAUUGCACAUUUUCUUGGUGUGGAUCAUGCGGGGCAUAUACAUGGUGUUGAUUCCUCACUGAUGGUGGAAAAGCUGGAGCAAUACAAUGGAAUGUUGGAGAAAGUUGUAGAAGUUCUGGAGAGCUCGAGCAGACCAGGUGGCUUACAUGAAAAUACUUUGCUUCUAGUUAUGGGUGACCAUGGACAAACAAUUAAUGGUGACCAUGGCGGUGGAAGUCCUGAAGAGGUGACGUUAAUGGAUAGUUUUACCUUAAUAAACUGA